AUGACAGCCACUGCAGUGAACGCAAAGGAUGUCAAGAAGCUGAAGGAUGCUUUGGUUGCUUCCUUCUUUGAGCUAAGCAAAGCUGCUCAGGAGGCAUCAACCGCCACGGUCAAUUUUUUCAAUGCCAUUGAACAGCCGCUACCAGGUGAUAUUGCUGGCAUUGCUAAAUUAGCAAGAGCUGUGGGCGAUGUUGACUACUCUGUUGCUGGUGCUCAGAGUACAAGCCAAAAGAGAGCUGCUGCUGCCGCUGCUAAGAAAGCUAGAGACCCCAAUGCCCCUAAAAAGCCGUUAACCAUGUAUUUUGCUUACAGUGCGCUAGCACGUAAAGAAAUCAUGGAGGAACGUGCCCGUAAGGGGCUGCCGCCUCUCAGUUCUUUGGAGAUGACUCAUGAGACAUCCAAGAAAUGGAAGGAUCUUCCAAGCGAAGAGAGAGAUGAAUGGAAGAGGAAAUACAAUGAGGAAUUGGAGUUGUACCAGCAUGAAAAAGACCGCUACAUUGACGAUUUGAUCAGUACCGGUGCUGAAAUUCCUGAAGAAUACCAGAAAGCUGCUCAUACACGUAAAAGAAAGAUUGAAUUUGCCAAUGCUUCAAAUUUGCUUAAACACCCAAAAUUAGAACACCACGCGAUCGCUGAAGCUGUUGGCUCCGUGGGAGAUGAUACCGGAGUUGUGAAUGAUGGCGUUCAUCUAGACAACGAAGAAGACGUUGCUGCCGCUGCCAGUGCUGCCGUUGCUGCUGCUGCUGCCGCAGUUGAAGACGCUGUUUCUGAAUCUGACGGAGAAAAGCGAUCCAAAAAGGAAAAAAAAAGAAGAAGAAGGAAAAGAAGCACGAUAGGGAAAGAGAAAGAGAUUAGUUUCUCCUUUUUCUACCCUACCUUACUAGUCGAUUGUAUAUUGUAUUUGUAUUGUAUUGUUUGGUGA